AUGGCAAGUUACUACUUCACUUCCGAACACUAUUCUCAGCUUUCCAUAGAUGCAGCUCGCUUCGGCCAGUCUUACAUGUCCAAGCUCGGCUGGGACCCCUUAAAAGGUCUAGGCGCCUCAGGCGAUGGCAUGAAAUCGCAUCUUAAGGUCUCCCAAAAGCUUGAUAUGCUUGGGAUUGGCGCCGCUCAUCAGAAAGACCCACAUGGUAUCGCGUGGAAACAGAAUAAGGAAUUUGAGGCUUUGCUGCAGAGGCUUAAUGCGCAGGAUGGUCAAGAAUCUGCUUCUAAGCAUGUGCUAGGAGAAUUUGUUCGGCCUGCAGCGGAUGUACACCCCGCAGAGGACAAGGAACCAAACCAAUCAUCGAAGAAAGAGAAGAAGCGAAAGCGAAAGGAAGGGGAACAUGCCGUGGACGGAAAAGAUAAGAAACGGAAGAAAGGCAAGCACCAGGAUGAAGAUGUCGAAGAUUCAGCUACAACGGAUUCAUCAAAACCCAUUUCUCCGCAUAUCGAUCCUCCUGCCCCUUCUCCAGAUACCGCGUCAUCCAUUCUUCAAACAAGGCCAAAAGGACGCCCUAUGGCCCACCGUGCUCGCAUACAAGCUGCUAAACGCCUUGCCAACAAAUCGGCAGCCGCCAUCUCUGAAAUUCUGGGGAUCGUACCGGCUCCUUCAUCCGCUUCCUCUACAACUCCCUCUGGUUCUCUGACCCCAAUCACACCCGCAGACAGCGACCUCACCCUCGAGAAGCUCACAACAUCGUCUAAGAGCGUCGCAGACUAUUUUAAGGAAAAAGCUUAG